AUGUCCGAGAAGCGCAGCCUCUCGUCGAGCGCGAAACCUCGAAUGGAUCACGGAGGCGGCGUCGCCGACGGCGUCGGCGCCGACAGCCAAGGCGGCGUAAGCCUUCGUGCCGGCGCGACGCUCAUGAAAAGCGUCUCGAUCUUCUUGAUGAGCGGCCGCAAAGCGUCCGUCACCUCCAAGAGGCAGACUUCCGGCAGCCCUAAGCACGAGCCACGACGAAGGCAACGCAGAAGGAUGCCAGUCGCCGGGACAACGAGAGGCUCGGCGCACACCGUUAAGCUGAUCGAGUCGUUGAAGAGAAAGACCAGAUUCUCCUGGACAGAAUUGGAUAACCUGUGCAAGCUGUACAAAAAGCUAACCAACCCAGGUCAGCAACAAGUAGGACAAUCGGUUAUUAUCGGGAGAAGGCCUCCGUCGAAUCAGACUAUAGAGGGAAUCGACAGGACAAUUUUCCGCGAGCUUCUGCAUAACACGUUCAAAGUGAUCACAGAGGAUGCUUUGGUGGAGCGAAUAUUCUGCUGUUGGGAUCGAGAGAACGAAGGAAUAAUCAGACUGGAGCCGUGGAUCAUGGGAUUGGAUUUGUAUCUUCGCGGCACUCUGCGAGAAAAAAUUGAAUAUUGCUUUAAAGUCUACGAUCUUAACAACGACGGUUUCAUCACCAAAGACGAGAUAUUCCUAUUAUUCAAGAAUUGUUUAAUGAAGCAACCCGGAGAGGAAGAUCCAGACGAGGCAGUGAAAGACUUGUCUGAAUUGGCCUUGAAGAAACUAGACGUUGAUCGUGAUGGAAAAAUCUCUUUCCACGAUUACAAGGUUGCUAUACUGGAGGAACCCCUACUUCUGGAAGCUUUCGGUCAAUGUUUGCCCACGGACGAAAAUUGCGCGUCCAUUUUAAUCACGUUGCAAUCAUGA